AUGCGGUCAGCUGUGAAGAAGCACCUGUGGAAGUGUGCAUUCUGCCGUAACCGUCGCGCCUCGCCUCAGCCACCCAGGAUGGCAGACUUGCCAGAGGCCCGUCUAGACAUGAGACGUCCGUUCAGCACAGUCGGACUCGACUUUUUCGGACCUCUGACGGUGAAGAAGUUUCGAAAGACAGAAAAGAGAUAUGUGCUGCUGAUCACAUGUCUCGCCACUCGGGCCAUCCAUUUGGAGCUAGCUGCUUUGAUGGACACCAGUAGCUUCAUCAUGGCACUGCGCCGCUUUAUCGCACGAAGAGGUAGACCUCGAACUAUCUACUCGGACAAUGGCACUAAUCUAGUCGGAGGCGAAAGAGAACUGCGAGAAGCCAUCGAACAUUGGAAUCAGGCACAGAUAUCCGAUGCUUUGAGUCAGAGAAACAUCCAGUGGGUGUUCAUCCCGCCAGCCGCCCCGCAUAUGGGCGGUGCAUGGGAGCGUCUGAUCGCCUCGGUGAAGCGCUCCCUCAAAGUGGUUCUAGGAAACAAAUGCGUCUCGGAGGACGUUCUUCAGGCGACCCUAGCGGAGGUCGAAUUCAUGAUCAACGGCCGUCCUCUGACCUACAUUAGCAGUGAUCCUCAAGACCCCGAACCUCUUACGCCCAACCACUUCUUGUUGGGCUCAUCUGAUGGAAGAGAAGGACUACCGCCAGGGGUAUUCAAUGAUGCUGAUGCUGAUGUUGUUGGACGGAGGAGAUGGCAACAAGUACAGAUCCUCGCUGAACAUCUGUGGAAAAGGUGGCUCAAGGAGUACCUUCCUACGCUGAUAAACAGACAGAAAUGGAAGACAGAGAAGAAGAAUCUGCAGAUAGACGACGUAGUUUUGGUCGUCAACAGUCAGAGUCCUAGAGGAUACUGGGAAUUGGGACGCAUCACAAGAGUCUACCCAGGCUCUGACGGAGGAGUCAGAUCAGCGGAAGUGAAGACAAAGAGUGGGACGUAUGUUCGCCCGACAACGAAGUUGUGUCUCUUGGAGAGUCUCAACUAA